CGUAAAAAAUAAAGAAUUCUAAAAAUCUAAUGUUUUCGUAGCGUCUUUCGUGUUAGAAACUACACCCACUGUAAUGGAAUGGGACUUGAAAUCUUUCGAACUGAUUAAAAAGAUUAAUGAUGUUCAAGCUAGGCUUUUUGUUUCGGAACUGGCCGUAGUAAUCAAAGAUGCGUACCCUAUUGCAGCCUUUCAUUUUUUGGUUUUGCCAUGGAAAGACAUAGAUUCUGUGUACGAUUUAACGAUCGGCGAUAUUUCAUUGUUGCAGCAUAUGGAAGAACUUGGCUGGAAAGCAGUAGCUUCUACGGGAUUACCAAAAGAAAGUUUCGAUGUUGGAUACCAUAUGCAACCGUCUCAACGACGGCUCCAUUUGCACUUGGUGUCGAAGGAUUAUAAUUCCCCAUUCCUGAAGGAUCCUUUUCGCUGGAAUGCAUUUCACACUGAUUUUUUUAUAAAACUCGACCAUAUCUUACAGACCCUACACAUGAAUGGCCAAAUGAAAAAACCCUCCCACGAACAUACUUACUCGCUACUAGUGACUCCUCUACGUUGCAAUCAAUGUUCCCAUGCUCCAAAAACCUUCCUAAAACUAAAGGCGCAUUUGAAACAACAUGCUGAAGAGAAAAACUGCAACACCUAAUAGGGUGCCAGCGUUGAACUGCUUACAAUACUAAAACUAAAACUAAACAAAAAAACUAAAUUAUUUCUGAAACGUCGCUGUAUCCGAAUAACAUUCGGAAAUUUUAGACGCUAGACUUUCCUAAUCCUAAUCUUAUUUCUGUAGGCGAUGCAUU